AGCGAAGGUUAAUGUAAACAAACCCUGCAGCCCCAGAUAGUCAGUUGAAUUCACUGUUCUAAAUUUAUCAGAAGUAUGGAUAAAUUUGUUGUUCGCAUGCAAAGAAAUUCUCCGUCUUCAAGUCCAAGAAAAGGUGGAAUAAAAAAUUAUAAACAGUCUACCAUUGAAUCAUUAAAGGGUGUUGUGAUAAUAGAAGAUCUUGAGAGAGCCAAGAUUGUUCUGGAACGCAGCGACACAAAGGAGGAGUUGAAGAUUGACACACUUAAACAUCUGAGGAAGAAAAAGCCGGCGAAAGAAGUUCUCGUAAAGACUGGCCUUGGUAAGACCGUUUACAAGUUAAGUAAGAGUAAAGAUGAAGCAAUUGCAGCAGAAGCAAAGAAGGUAUACAGGCUGUGGAAAGACCACUUACUUAGCAAAGUUGGAAAGCCGGUAAUUGAGGUUAAAUGUGACCUCAAAACCCAAAACUUUCGGAAUUCUGCAAGACAGAUGAUAUUAGACGGUCUGAAAAGAGAAGAUGGUGCAGAAGAAGGCCAGAGUUCAGAUGAAGCAAAGAUUCUAAGCAUAAAUCAAAAAGAAAAAAGUCAGAGGAUGAAGACAAAGAUGCAAAGGAUGAAAAAGAAAGUGAUUCUAUUGAAGUCCUUGCAGAGUAUAUUGAAAGAGAAGUCUACCAAAGCACUAAGAGACUGAUCAACAAGCCUUAUAAAAGAACAAUAAGAAAACUAGUCUUUACUCUAAGACAUCAGAAGGAUGUCAGAUUAUCUGUUGUUUCUUCCUCAUUGUCUGUAAAAGACUUUGUGAAGCAAAAUCUCCAAGAGUAGAUGCAUGCUUAAGGAGUGUUUCAGUUUCCUGAAUAAAGAUAUUUUGGUGGAUACAAAUGCAGUCGGUACUUUCACUAGGCUGAUGUGUAUACUAAACCCAAUAUUUCUAUAUAGGGCUAUAAACUGAGCAAGUAGGCCUUCCCAUAUAAAAUGCACAACUUACAUGCAUUUUCCAUGAGGAGAGAUGCACAACAUAUGAAAUUGUAGAUGAGUUAAAGUAAGCAACAGAUGCUCAAAAAUAGUAUCACCAGAAAGGACCAGUUGAUUCAAUGACUAAAGAUGACCAAAAUUGAUUGUUGUAUUUAUGUGAUAAUAUUUUACUUAAGGUGCAUGAAUUAAUUUAUGUUGUAUUUAUUGAAUAAGUAGGGUAUCUUCAACAUUUGUGGAUUUGUUUAAGUACUGUGAAACUUUUAUAUAUUGUUGUUUUUACUUACCUUCUUGUAAGGUACUGUAGUUUUACUAACCUAUGACUGCACAGCCUUUUAAAGAUAUUUUCAGGUAUGCAAGGUUUGUAUUAUAGUGUUGCUACUUGUACCUAAGAUUCUGUAAUUUGUAAUAACUUCAUGCAGGGUACAAAAUUAAGACAAUAUUUUGUGAAAAACUGUGAAAGAGUACUUUAUGAAUAAAUUUUAUACAAUAAU